UUUGCGCAGCAAUUUUAGACGCAAAAGGGGAUUGAAAAACUUUGCUCGAGGUUGAUGCGAUUAAAUUUCAAUUUUCUCAUGGAACCCCCAUUCUACUGUAUAUUUACACCUCAGGAAUAUGAGAAGAUGUGAUUUGAUGAGCCUGCAUCAGUUUUGCAGGGUGUUACAACGCCGCAGGGAUAUAAGUUUUUGUAGUUUUCUGGACCGGUCUAAAACAUGUACCGGUCUAGCCGCAACAUAACCACCGCAGCAUGACAGCUCGCGUGCGAUAGUAGUAGUGUAGUAGAAGUGUAGUAAAGCGAGAAGGUAAAUAAAAACAUACAAUGAUGAUGAUUAUGAGGAUAGGAAUAUUUCGCCAUUGCAUUAAACCGAUCAGCCAAAUAAGUUGAGUUGUUCAAAGGCGCGUUAAUUUAGUGAAAGUAUCUCGGAAAGUUUAGUGAGUUCAAAGGCGAGAAUAAUUCUAAAAAUCAGUGUGAUUAUUGACAAUACGCCGUGGCCAGUCUGAUCCGAGUCCAGGUACCUGGGAAACACCGGUAAGGGAAAUAGAAAAGCUGUCCACAUUCCGGCGCAUCCACUGUAAGUAAUUGCAUGACAAUACUAGCAGAAACGGUUUGAGUAUUAAUUGCAAUUGAUCGUGUUAAUACUGUACUUUAGAUUCGCACUCGAUCAAGCUAGGGUAACUGCACCCAUUGUCAUCCCAAAACAAAAUCGGAAACCACUUCUUGUGAGUAUUUGUAUUUGUAUAGAAUAAGAAUGUAAAUUAAAUGAUUAAUAAAUUACAGUUUUAAGCGUUGCUACAAAAUCUGAGCCGCUCUAGAAAUUUUGGUUUCCCUUCGGGAACAUUCUUAAAAAAGAAGUGACACCCGCGAAGUGAUUCCCGCGUAGUGAAAAGUGUCAAGUGAGGAGUGAAAACCUGCAGCAAGAUGGCUUCCGAUGCAGAAUCCACCCACGACCAAACCAUCAUGGACCUGACGGCGACUCCGUGCGCCAUCUGUGGCCCGUCUACGCGCGACGAAGUUAUGGUCGGAUGUGACGGAUGCGCGGAAUGGUUCCACAUCCGUUGCGUGGGCAUCGAGGAGGGCAAACUGCCGAAGAAGUGGUACUGCCAAAGCAAGGCCUGCCAGGAGAAGGCCCAGGAGUACCACCAGAAGCAGAAGGACGCCAAGAAGCAGGCUCGCACCCGGAAAAACGGCAACGAGUCUGACAAAUCCAGCGUCAGCUCUCGCCUAGCUUCGUCUAGCGUGGAAGCGAAGGUGCGAGCGCUAGAGGAGAAGCAGAAGCGCCAAUACGAGGAGAUGGAGGCGGAACUGCUGCUGCAGAAAAAGGAAAGGGAGAUGCAGCGUGCGUUCGAGCAGCGAAAAAUGGAAUUGGAGCUGCAGAUGCGCGCUGAGGAACAAGAGGAGCAAAGAGCUUGGCAAGCGGAAAUGCUCCAGAAGAAGAAGGAACAGAUUCGGCAGAUGAAGGCGGACCAGGACUCGUUCGAGCUGCAGAUGGCAGCCAUGGAUAAGGAGUUGGCGGAACUGUCGGCUCAAAAAUCCAAACCGGAGACGAAAGUAGUCGCGGGUGCUUCAAAAGCGGGCCAUUCCGGCAAAGUCGACCAAAAUGUGUUGAAGCUGAGCAAGGCGAACGUGAGGAAGCUAGCGCAAAGCUACGAAAGCUCCGAAGAGGAUGAGGAGGACGACGAUUCCGGAGAUUCGGAUCUGCAGAGCCAGAGUUCGGACUCGUCGAUGGAGCGCAAGGCGAAACUGAAGACGUACAAGAAAGUGGGAAGUGUCAGCCAAGACGGGCUGGGGCAGCAGCAGACCGGACCGACGAAGGCUCAGCUGGCCGCGAGGAAGGGGUUAACAUAUAAACUUCCAAAAUUCUCCGGCAAACCAGCGCAGUGGCCAUUGUUUUUCGCGGCCUACAAAGCGUCCAAUGAGGCCUGUGGUUACAUGAACCACGAGAAUCUGAUGCGACUUCAAGAAGCGCUGGAAGGUGACGCUCUGGAACUGGUGUCUGGGCAGUUACUGCUUCCCGAAUCCAUCCCGCAGGUCAUCGAGAAGCUGCGCCGACACUUCGGCCGCCCGGAACAACUGCUCCAAAGCCUGUUGGACAAAGUGAACCGGCUGGAACCCCCGAGGGCGGACAAUUUGAGGAGCUUUGUUCCAUUCGGAAAUACGGUGGAGCAACUCUGUGGCCAUCUGGAGGCCGCGGAUCUGAAGCAGCACCUUGUUAACCCGCUGUUGAUCAAAAGCCUGGUCGCCAAGCUACCAGAUCGCGAGAAGCGGGAAUGGGUCCAUUACCGGAGGGGCCACGGGGAAACAACCUUGCGAACGCUGACGGAUUUCUUAAUGGACAUCGUCGCAGACGCCUGCGAAGCCAACGUGGAUGUCGAGUUCGUGCCCUCUCCGCCGUCCAAAGGAAUUCCACCAUCCAGAAAAAAGAUGCCGAAGGAAAAAGGUGGACUAUACAGCCACAGCGAAGCCAGCGGAUCGGCCGCCAACGCCGGCGAGGAAAAGGUUUUGAAGCCCUGCAAACAAUGUAGGAGGACGGAUCAUCGGCUGCGACACUGCGGCGAGUUUAAGAAACUGCGGUAUGCGGAUCGGCUGAGGCUGGUGAACCGGGAGAAGCUGUGCCACGUGUGUCUGAAUGAACAUGGAGGACAGUGCAAAUUCAAAAUCCGCUGCAACAUCGGUGACUGUCGAGACUUCCACAAUCCGCUGAUGCAUCCGGUCGGAAACACGGUCGGGCUGAGUGCACACAUCCGGACAAACUGCACGGUAUUGUUCCGGAUCGUUCCGGUGCAGCUGCACUACGGUGGAAAAACGGUGUCAGUGCUGGCGUUCCUGGACGAAGGUGCAUCCGUCACACUGGUGGAGAAAAAGCUCGCCGACCGUCUGGGCGCGGUCGGAGUACAAGAGCGAUUGACCAUCCGGUGGACGGGAAACAUGUCAAGAGUGGAGGAUUCCCGAAGGAUGAGCAUGUGGGCGUAGGGAACAGGCGCAGCCACCGGCAGGAUGCGAUUGCACACGGUGCAC